AUGCAAUUCUCGCAGUAUUUGUCGUUAAUUUCCCUGUUGGUUCCAGCUUUAGCACAGGAUGUGGCGGUUUCAUGCGAACAAAUUCCCUCUGCUAGCUUAGAGUCGACGCCAUAUUCUGUGUCAACCACUGCUAUUCUUGCCAACGGGAAAGCAAUGCAGGGUGUAUUCGAAUACUACAGAUCGAUAACUUAUGUCAGUAGUUGCGGGUCUGUAGCCACUACAACAAAGAAAAACAGCCCUAUAAAUACGCAGUAUGUCUUUUGA